UCGCGACCGGUGGCUUCGCGUUCAGGAAAUUUCGGCUGCGUGAACGCGUCUUCGCGCAAGUGUGUGCCACCCAGCCCUGUGGCCAGGGGGUGGGAGGGUGUCACGUCAAGCCCGUCACGCGGGACCGCGAAACUCCCUGCUUGCCCUGCUCAGCAGUUCGCGCCCGUCCACGGUCGUGCUAUGUAUUGAUCGGCUGGACAAAGAAAGUGACCAUCACAUACACUGACACAGGCACAUCCGCAGAAGACAACGCGGAGUUAUCGUUGUGAACGUAAAGGUGAAAAUAAUAGCAAAGGACGUGAGAGCGCCCUUGUUAGCAGCGACAGCCAACAAUCACAACUGUUUCAAAACGCCGAUUCAUAACUCCGCAAAAAGAGCGCGCGCCUGCGUAAAAAAGUUGUUACUACCGACGUGCAGCGUCUCGACGUUACGUGUUGCAUUCGUCAACGAAAGCGUUUCAUGUCGCAUGUUCCUACUGUAAAUUAUAUCGGUUUUUCUUCCUUUGGAGUACGCGCAAAUUGAAAUAGGACCACGUGCAUUUUAUGAAGGAUUCUUGUGCUGUUUCGUCCAAUUCAAGUAGGUGUCCGUGUUUGUGAAAACUGCAUUCGUUCGACAAAAGAAAUUACGAAGUGACAUUUAACGUGCUAUCAAUUGUUUUGAAUAUGUAAUUCAUCAACAAAAGCUCUCUGUUCAAUAUCAAAAACGUCUUAUCUAGUAUAAUAUGAACCGAAUGAAAAAGUGAAAAAGUGUGUAAAGACAAAAUUUCAUUUUGUUGAAAAGGUUCCUUCUACUCGCUUCAAUACUAUUACGUUUCUCCUUUCUUGUGUUUUGGGAAAUUAAGUUGGAGUGAAGAUGUCUACGAAAACGACGGGUAAGCGUCCUCUACGUACCCUUAGCGCCCACGAGAAAUUAGACGCGAUCCGCCGCGUACACGAUGGAGAGAGCAAGGCUUCGGUGGCUCGGGACAUCGGCGUGCCAGAGUCAACCCUCAGAGGAUGGUGCAAAAACGAAGAUAAAAUAUCUUACCUGUCUCGACAGUCAACUCCCGAAAACGACGAAACUAGUCCCUUAAGUGAGCCCAAAGAAAAAAGGUCGAAAGCAGACGAUCAGCCAUAUAAUUUAAGCGUAAAAGUUUCCACAAAGAUUAAUUCUUCGUUUUCAUCGAACGGUUCUACGAAGAAUACCACGACCGUUUCAGAUAGUAUUGUCAAUGCUAAGCCGUUUAAUUUAAGUCAAAAGGACGGCCUUAAAACCACAACUCAAAUGAGCGAAAGGGAGCGAAACAGAGCUGAAUUAGCGCGCCUGAGUGUAGAAUUAGGACUAAACAGACCUGAAAUGUUUUUAAAUAUGAACGGUACCAGCAGCUUAACAGAAUUAACAGCCGGUAUGAGUUUACUGGCUCAGUGGAAUAGUCUGCUGCAAAAAAAUCAAACAGGAAAGAUAACCGCAGCUGCUGAUAGCAGUAACAGUGUGGUUUCUUCAACUGAUAUCUUGGCAGCUUCAACUCCUGUAAAAAUUCAGCAAAAGUCGAGCAAAUUACCAAAAAUUGACAAAACACCUUCUUCUGUCGACGAGUCCGUAUGGUAUUGGCUUAAGAAUAGCCCAAGUUUAUUGGGUAUCACACCUACUUCUGACGUAAAUUCUACUGCUAGUACUGGAUCAGUUGGUAUUAAUACUUCUACCACUUAUUCGACCUCAACCCCAAUGAGUUUUGCCGCUACCCCCACACCUUUGCCGGCAUCUAUGCCACCAACGUUUGAAACUACCGAUCAUCACAGUUCAUGGUUUUGGAAAUGGUAUAAACAGUUUGCAAGUGUUUAUUCACAGACGGCAGCAAAUCAAAUUCCCGAUAAGCCAAUUCUUUAUCAGCAAUUGACCAAAGAUAAAGAUGGAAGCAAUUCUGAAAAUUUACAUUUAUCAGACGAGAAACCAAUGAAAAAUAAUACAAAAGUAAGAGCGGUUUUGGAUAGUCUUUUAUUGAAUAAUAACAAUGUAGCACUUCGUAAACAAGAAUCAGUGUCGGACGAGCCUCAGACUCCAAUUGAAGCUUUGGAACAUGGAGAAAAAUUUCUAAAAUGGUUAGAAAACUGUGGCGAUCCAUCGGUUACAGCAAUGCAAAUUAUGCAGUUCCGUUACUUAAUUAAUAACAUCAAAAAUAACGUCGAAAAGAGAAACGGUGACACUCUGCACAAAAACAAAGUUCGCAGAAAGUAGAUGCUCUUAAUUGAAUGAAUGUUAAAUUUUUACUUGCACCAAAUUACUGAUUUUUGUACAAAGAUAUUAGAUUCUAGAUUUGACAUUAGACUCAUAAGAUUAAAGUCAUUCGUAAUGUACCUUUUAAGACGUGAUAUAUUUUAGUUGUAAAUGUAUAAACUUUAAUUACAGUACAAAUUUCGACGUUGACGAUUUUCUGACUUACUUUUUUUUUUUAGUAUCUACCUAUAGAAAGUAAAUAAGUACUGAUUUAAUGUGCCAAUGUUAUUGUUAGCUCAAUUGCCAUUUAUAAUUUAUGUAAACACUUGUACAUAACUAGUGUCUACCAAGAAGAUUCCUAUAUAUUGAUCUCUUUAAUUUUUGCCAAAGGUUUUGCCUUUUGUGAUUCUAAAACACAUUUACGUUUUCGUAACAUGUUGCUUAAUUGAAAUGGCGAGAAUAAAAAAUACUU